AACUGCGUAAGGAGGCGGCCGUGGUAUUCUUUAGCUCCGCCCCUGUCCCACCCGCCGUGUAUCCCAGGGUCUGGCUGCUGUGCGCAGUGCUGUGCUACGGCCGUAGAGAAGAACUUUGUACGCUGCCGGCUGAUAAGGGACGAGUGAUGGCCGAUAUGCCCCGGGCUAGGAAUUUCCGCAGCCAGACUCGGCUCUGUCUGUAGCAUUUGUUCGAGUUCUGUCCCGCGGAGCUGCCUUUGUGUGUUCCCUGCUGUUUGGAGAGGGGUAGAAGGAGGAGACUGCGAGAGCAAUCGUACACCCACACUGGCCGCCGCACGACAAGCAACGUGAGCACUUAGACCCGGCCUGACACCGGCGGAUACACCGCUGCUCCUACACUUACACUUGUACAAGCUGCCGGCCACACCUGUGCUCCUGUCCCUUUCCCAGGUCUCUUCCUGCGCUGCUGUUGCUGCUGCUCUGUCCGUUCAUUCUGUGCUGCUGCUCAAUUCCGGGCUGCUCCAUUCAUUCAACCUGCUGCCCUAUUCUUUCCCCUCCACUGUAGGCAGCCUGAGGACUUUCCUUUCCUGUCCCCAGCAAGACUUCUCUGCUACCCUGCUCUGCCAUUCACUGCUCUGCCAUUCACUGCUCUGGUGACUGUAAAAUAAAGCCAGUCUCCUUUGGAAUUACUUCUGGCUUCCCUGUGCACCAGGGCUUCUUUCCUACCCCCACCUUCCUUUCCUUUGUUUCUGUCCAUUGUUCUAUAUAUAUAUAUAUAUAUAUAUAUAUAUUUAUACACACCUAGCAGUGGUCUGACAUCUUUCUCUGUUUGACAUUCGCACCCCCUUAGUUUUGUCUGUGGUGCACCCCUUCAUUCUGCACCAUUCCCCCAGACCCACUCUGGAUGACAUACCUAUAUUCUGGCUGCUGUGCCUUUUUGCCCCUAGGAUGGCUCCUGUGCUAACCUCAAGCUUUGCUUUCUUGGAAACUUCAACAGAUUGAUGUCAGGAAAAUAACCGCCUUAGGCAAUUGCCUCCUCUACGCGGGCAGGAUAUACUCGUUUAGUUUCAGCUAGUUAUAAAUUGUGGCUGGAGAUAAGUGAAUCGUUGGGAAAAUGUCAACUCCAAACAGGUUCAAGAAAGACAAAGAAAUCAUAGGAGAAUAUGAAAGCCAAGUAAAAGAAAUACGAGUCCAACUAGUGGAGCAGCAGAAAUGUCUGGAGCAGCAGACAGAGAUGAGAGUUCAACUCCUUCAGGACCUGCAGGACUUCUUUCGUAAAAAAGCAGAAAUAGAGACUGAGUAUUCACGGAACUUGGAGAAACUGGCUGAGAGAUUUAUGGCCAAAACAAGAAGCACUAAAGACCAUCAACAAUACAAGAAAGACCAAAACCUACUAUCUCCUGUGAACUGCUGGUACUUACUUUUGAAUCAAGUUAGAAGAGAGAGCAAGGAUCAUGCAACAUUAAGUGACAUCUACCUAAACAAUGUGAUAAUGCGCUUUAUGCAGAUCAGUGAAGACUCAACAAGAAUGUUCAAAAAGAGCAAAGAAAUUGCAUUUCAACUACAUGAGGAUCUAAUGAAAGUUCUCAAUGAACUGUAUACGGUAAUGAAAACAUACCACAUGUAUCACGCAGAGAGCCUCAAUGCUGAAUGUAAGCUGAAAGAAGCAGAAAAGCAAGAAGAGAAACAAAUAGGAAGAUCAGCAGACCCUGUGUUUCAUUUACGGCUAGAGGACAAGCACCAAAGACGGAGUUCUGUCAAGAAGAUAGAGAAGAUGAAGGAGAAACGGCAAGCCAAAUACUCGGAGAACAAGUUAAAAUCCAUUAAAUCACGAAAUGAAUACUUAUUAACACUGGAAGCCACAAAUGCUUCAGUCUUCAAGUAUUACAUACACGACCUUUCAGAUUUAAUUGAUUGUUGUGACCUUGGCUACCAUGCAAGCUUAAACCGGGCUUUGAGAACAUAUCUCUCAGCAGAGUACAACCUUGAAACUUCUCGACAUGAAGGACUGGACAUUAUAGAGAAUGCAGUAGACAAUUUGGAGCCAAGAAACGAUAAGCAAAGAUUUAUGGAGAUGUACCCUACUGCUUUUUGUCCACCAAUGAAAUAUGAAUUUCAGCCACAUCUUGGUGAUGAGGUUUGCCAGGUUAGUGCUCAGCAACCACUGCAGGGAGAACUUAUUCUGCGCUAUCAGCAGCUUCAGUCAAGACUGGCGACUCUAAAGAUAGAAAAUGAAGAGGUAAAGAAAACAACAGAAGCCACUCAACAGACUAUUCAAGAUAUGGUCACCAUUGAGGACUAUGAUGUAGCUGAAUGUUUUCAUCACAGCCGGUCCACCGAGUCUGUAAAAUCUACAGUGUCUGAAACGUAUUUAAGUAAACCAAGCAUAGCCAAGAGACGAGCAAACCAACAAGAGACAGAGCAGUUUUAUUUCAUGAAGUUCAGGGAACAUUUAGAAGGAAGCAAUCUCAUCACAAAACUUCAAGCUAAGCAUGAUCUACUACAGAGAACUCUUGGGGAGGGAAGAGGAGGUCACAGAGCAGAAUACAUGACGACUAGGCCUCCAAAUGUACCCCCUAAGCCCCAGAAACAAAAGAAGCCCAGACCCCAAUCCCAAUAUAUUACUAAGUUGUUUAACGGGGAACUGGAAACCUUCAUCAAGGAAUCUGGGCAGAUCAUUCCUGUUAUCGUUGAAAGCUGUAUCAGGUUCAUAAACUUGUAUGGGCUUCAGCAUCAGGGCAUAUUCAGAGUAUCUGGAUCCCAGGUAGAAGUCAAUGAUAUUAAAAAUGCCUUUGAAAGAGGUGAGGAUCCUUUGACAGAUGACCAAAACAACCAUGACAUCAACUCGGUAGCAGGAGUACUGAAGCUAUACUUCCGGGGUUUAGAAAACCCACUCUUUCCUAAGGAAAGAUUUAAUGACCUAAUAUCAUGUAUCCGAGUAGAAAAUCUCUAUGAGAGGGCUGGUCACAUUCGCAAGAUUCUUCUGACAUUGCCCAGGACUGUGCUUAUAGUCAUGAGAUACUUGUUUGCCUUCCUGAACCACCUUUCCCAAUACAGCGACGAGAAUAUGAUGGAUUCCUAUAACCUGGCAAUUUGCUUUGGGCCUACUUUAAUGCCUGUUCCAGAUAUACAAGACCAGGUGUCCUGUCAGGCUCAUGUGAAUGAAAUUGUUAAAACCAUCAUCAUUCACCAUGAGACAAUUUUCCCAGAUGCUAAAGAGCUGGAGGGUCCAGUUUAUGAGAAAUGCAUGGCUGGAGAUGACUACUGCGAUAGCCCAAACAGUGAGCAUGGCACAUUGGAUGAAGUGGAUCAGGAUGCUGGUAAUGAAACCCACACUAGUGAUGAUGAAUGUGAGCCAAUUGAAGCAAUUGCUAAGUUUGACUACAUUGGAAGAUCUGCCAGAGAGCUGUCGUUUAAAAAGGGGGCCUCGCUUCUCUUGUAUCACCGCGCAUCCGAAGACUGGUGGGAAGGAAGGCACAAUGGGAUAGAUGGCUUGGUACCCCACCAGUAUAUUGUGGUGCAAGACAUGGAUGAUACUUUUUCUGAUACGCUGAGUCAGAAAGCAGACAGCGAGGCAAGCAGUGAGCCUCUAACAGAGGAUAAGUCAUCAUCCAAAGAUUUGACUUCUCCAGCUGACCAUCACCCUGAUUUCUAUGUAGCCCGGCAAAGACGGAGAGCUGACCCCCCUCCUUCUUCUCGUCGUUCGGGAAGGACAAAUGAGAGCCACUGUCCCGUGCACCCUAGCCAGUCUGGCAAAUCUGUAAGCAAUCACACUUCAGUGGAAAUUGGAACUUCCAAUAUGAACCUGUCAAGUCAUUGCAGCCCACGCGCUCUUUUGCAGAAUCGCAACUUAAACACUGACAGUCCAGAACGUAGACGCAAACCUGGUCACGGAAGUUUGACCAACAUCAGUAGGCAUGAGUCUUUAAAAAAGAUAGAUAGCCCGCCAAUAAGAAGAUCCACAUCAUCAGGGCAAUAUACAAGUUUUAAUGAUCACAAACCUCUUGACCCAGAAACUAUUGCUCAGGAUAUUGAAGAAACCAUGAACACAGCCCUGAAUGACCUGCGUGAGCUUGAGCGUCAGAGUUCUGCCAAGUAUGCUCCAGACGUUGUGCUGGAUACAUUAGAUCAAGUCAAGAACUGUCCUACAACAGCAUCAUCCACAGAGUCCCUAAGUCCACUACACAAUAUUGUACUAAAGAAUGUUGAGCCUCAAAUUCGCCGCAGCACCAGUACUUCUAGUGAUGCCAUGAGUACAUUUAAGCCCAUGAUGACACCUAGGAUGGGAAUCCAGCUGAAACCUCCUGCAUUAAGGCCAAAACCGAUCGUUCUUCCAAAGACUAACCCUGGAAUAGGGCCAUCUCAAACUGCACAAGGGCCAGCAGACAAAUCCUGCACAAUGUAAUCUUAUGUUACAAACCUUUGGAUCAAGGUGUGAGGAACAUGUUAGUAACUGGAGUUGCCAUGCUUUUUUAGUUAGUAGUGUCAAACCUCUGUAAAUACACUAGGGCAUUUAGAAACCAACUGGACUGUUUAAAUGUGCUGUUUACAACCUUAGAGACACAUAGAUAUUACUUGAAGAUUUAAUGCUGCACAAUUUGUAUAGAAUGCAACACAGAUCACAGAUGGCUUCCCACUUCCCACUAAAAUAUAUCAAAUGUUGCCAUUGCUUAUGCAUAUAUUUCAGCAGGAUUGAAACAUAGAUAGGUGUUUUUAUUUUACAACUCAUAGUGAAUAUGGAAUCUGUAGCUGUCUGUCAGGUUUGAGGGGUAACCUAAAAGCGAAUUGUGGUUUUAGCACCUCUUCUUAACAUUCCUCUGGGGCCUUACUGCUCAGUCUAUACAUUUCAAAGUAGCCAUUGACUCAUUGCAAAUAAUUACACAUCUAGAGAAAAUAAGGAAAGAAGCAAGCUUUUGUUUUGGAUAAUGAAAAUGGAGUUAAUUAUUUAAUAAAAUGUAGCUGUGUGUGUUUGUUUUUGCCUGGAAAAGAUGUUUCUUGCAUCUAGGAGAGGUCCAAAUGUAUAAGGUAUAUGCUGCAUGUACAAUUUGCAUACAAUGUACGGUACCUCUGUAUUUUUAUAUUGAUAGAUAUACAAAGAGGCACAAAUGUACACACUGUACAUGGGGGAGCAAAUACUUCCUCAGCAUGUCCUUUGCCAUAAAGAUGGCAAAAGCAGAAAAUCAUUUUCUAGUUGCUUAUCCUUUGGAGUUAGCUCAGUACUAGAGAAAUGAAAUUAUGCAGCCACAGUAUUAGCAGUGAAUCUCAGUCCUGUCAGCAUGGCUGGUUAUAUUGGCAUUGUUAUAUUUAUAUAUAUUGCAAUUUUAUUAUAUAUUUAAUCUGUUCAUUCUUUCUUUUAUUUUUCGUGUGUGUAUCGUGUUGAAUUCAGAGGACAUAUUUACAGAAGCUAUAUCCUUUCUUGAAAUAUGUGAGGGCACAUAAUAACAAACAUUAUAGGAUACAAAUACUAGUAUUCAUUUUAUAAAUUUAUGCAGCACAUACCUUAAGGUUCAAGGGCCUUGCAUUGUUUUGAAGGCUGAGAAACAUACAUUGGUACCACAUGUAUGUAUUUUGUUACUGUGUCUUACAAGACAUUUAAGACUUUUUAUUUUUUGUAUACAUGUUAUUGAGAUGUAUGCUUUGCAUAUACCAAGUCACAGAGCCACUCAAAUACUGGGAACAUUCUUUUACAGGGGGCAUUUCCUGUAUCUAAAUAGAAGAGAAGUUGUUUGUAACACAGUUGUGCAUUUCUGCAGUCCUACUGUAGUACUGAGCAUGGCAUAGAAAGACCACUAACAUUAACCAACCAAUUGCAGCGAGCAGCAGCCGUCUCCAUGUACAAUAAUCAACCCAUGGCUCAUUAACUGUCACAUUAAUGGAACUCCCAGCAUAAGGUAACCAGAUCAUGUGUCUCUUAUUUUCUGUGGUUUACAUGUUAGUGCUAUACCUCUUCCCUGCAGUCUCGAGCCUUUCAUUUAAGCUGAGCCCAGUAACAACAAAGUAAGGAACAAACUGGAAUAACCUGCUGUCCGUUAUUCAAGUGCAAGCCUAACCUGGUACUGUUCUUUCCUAUGAUUGAACAUGUCAAAGUGUAUACAUCUUCAGAAACAGUUGGGAAUUAGUGUAUUUACAUAAUUGUUAUGGAUUGUGUUAUGCUUAUAUUAGAUUUUAGUGUAGUACAAGAAUAUGUUGAAAACAGUGUAUCUGCUGAAUGAGCUUCAAGUUUUGUGCGUAGUUUGAUGGUUCUAGGUAUGUAGAGUACUGUCGGUGGAUUCGUAUAAUGGGAAGCAGACAUUUGCAACCCAGAGGCCGAUGCUGGGAAAUCCUGUGCUGCGCACACUCAAAAUUCCCAGGAACGAGGAAGCUCACGCACAGCGUAUUGUCAGCAUUGGCCUUUUACUGUCAGCUUGAUGAACUGCAGUACUGUAGUGUUCUUUUCUGUUGACUGUUAACUUUGUGUCAGUGUACAUCUGUAGUAUGUACAUGUGAAAGUGCCUUUAAUCUUUUAGAGGAACUUCAGAUUUUUUUCAUUUCUGAGUUUUACAUUUCCAUGACAUUCAGUUGCAUUCUCAAAGAAAAAAAAAAAAACCUCAAGUUUAAAAAUAAAACCUUAAAAAAGAUGUAUUGUUAAUCUGUCGUGAUGAUGCACUUUUAUGUAUAGUACUGUACAUUUUGGCAUGUACCAUUGCAGGCUUCAGUAUCCAUACAGGUUUGUUCCUAGUACUUCUUUAUAAUAAAUGAUAUAGUUCUGUCA